UUGCUUCAGCCAUAGCCCUCUCCAAAUGAUUCAUUCUGUUUCACGCCACAACAAUUACUCAUUCUGACUGUCGCAAUGACUCACGGCCAGCACAGCCCUGGUCAGCCUGCGGUGGGGCGGCCUGGAAGCCUGGAAGGCGGUGGGGCCUUAAAAGCGAGGCCGCGACGGCGGGGUUUUGCCGCAUCGCAAGUCUUGCGACGAUCCGAUUCUCUUCUGCAUUCUCUCCAGCGUCCUCGUGUCUCGUGCUAGAAUGGUCGCGCAACCCCCCUCCGUGGAGGAUCUCCUCAAGAGACAGCUAUAUAUCUAUGACCUCCCGCAAGAACUCCUCUCGACUCUGACGACAAAGACCGAGUACCAGCCGACGACCAUCCCCGAGUCUAAGGAAGAAGAGCGCCCGGAAACUCCCCAGGAACAUGCCAUCGCGACGUCCACCUUGUGCUCGCUCUGCAAGGUGUCGUAUCUGAAUGUGCAGGAGCAGCGCGAACAUGCACGGUCGGAUCAUCAUAAGUACAAUCUGAGGGCGCAACUGAGAGGACAUCCCACCCUGGAUGAGGUUCAAUUCACCAAGGCGAUCGGGGAACUCGACGAAUCGAUAUCCGGGUCCGAAUCGUCUGAACCGGAGGAUGAAAAGGACGAAGGGCAACUCGCGGCCUUACUGAAAAGGCAGGCCAAGUUGUCCCAGGCGGCCGAGGAUGCCGAAGACGAGGAUUCGCCGAAGCGGAGGACGGCUGGGAAGCACCCUCUGUUUUGGUUUUCGAGCUCGACUCUGCCAUCCAACACUUCUCUGGGCAUCUACAGAGCCAUGUUCUCGAACGUCGAACAAGAUGAACCUGGGCACCUCGUCGAUACCCUCCGAAAGAAGCAACUCGCGCCAAUCCAAGCGCCAACCAGUGGACAACCCAAGCCAUCCGUAUCUUCCAGUCCGCAUAUCUUUAUGUGCAUGAUUGGAGGCGGUCAUUUUGCGGCAAUGCUCGUAUCUUUGGCCCCGGAAAUUCAUCGGAAACAAGGCGGCUUUGAGGAGAGACAGGCUCGUGUGAUUGCGCACAAGACGUUCCAUCGCUAUACUACUCGACGGAAACAGGGUGGAUCGCAGUCUGCCAGUGAUGCGUCUAGAGGGGCUGCUCAUUCCGCAGGUUCUAGUUUGCGUAGGUACAAUGAAGCUGCGCAUGAGAAGGAGGUUAGAGAGCUGCUCGGGGACUGGAAGCAAAUGAUCGAUGACGCCGAAUUGUUGUUUGUUCGGGCCACCGGCAGUACCAACCGAAGAAUUCUUUUUGGCCAACAUGAUGGCCAGGUCAUGAAGCACAAUGAUCCAAGGAUCAGAGGAUUCCCAUUCAGUACUCGCCGGGCUACUCAGGCGGAGCUUAUGAGAUGUUUCAAGGAACUCACUCGCGUGAAGGUCAGCCAGGUUGACGAGGCAGCGCUCGCCGCGGCCGAGGCCAAGCAACGAGAGGAGGCAUCGAAGCCCUCGACUCCAAAACCGCAACCACAGAAGCCCAAGCUCUCGAAGGAAGACGAGGCCGCCAUUCUUCACACGACCCAGAUACAAGCCCUCAUUCGCCGUUCCAAAAUCCCCGCCUUACUUUCCUACCUCUCCAAGAACUCCAUUCCCCCAUCUUUUACCUUCCUCCCCUCCGAUUCGCAACAAAACUUCCGUUGUCCUACGCCCCUUCAUCUUGCUGCCAACACGGACUCGUCGUCGAUGGUUUUAGCUCUUUUGACGAAGGCCGACGCUGAUCCAACGGUAGUCAACACUGAAGGACGAACGCCAUUCGAGCUUGCCGGAGAUCGGGCCACCCGUGAUGCCUUCCGCGUCGCCCGCCACGAACUCGGAGAAUCCAGGUGGAACUGGGACGCUACUAAAGUCCCAUCAGCCAUUUCAAAGACCGAAGCCGAUAGCCGGAACGAACGAGAACGGAAGACCGCAGAAGAGGAAGAAUCUAACCGGCGAAAGGCGGAGAUUGAUCGCAUUAAGAAGGAGGACGCUGCCCGGGACGCCUCUCGAGUCACAAAGAAAGGCGGUCGAUCACUGGGAGCGGUUGAGAAAACCGCUUCUGAGAAGAGGGAGGAAGAGAUGCGAGGAAUGACACCGGAAAUGCGAAUGCGACUGGAAAGAGAGCGUCGCGCAAGAGCGGCCGAAGAACGUAUUCGGCGGAUGCAAGGGAACUAGACAUUGUUGAAAGGCAUAUAUGUUGAGAUGACAAUGAGACACGAAUGAAUAGAAGUCAACACCAGACCAAAUGAUACCAUCCCGUUGUGUAAAUGCAUAUCGUUGAGGUUGAGCAUAAAGAUGGGCAGGAGCAGGUGACCGGCCCCGUCUGGCGGUGUUUCCUCGCUGCUCUUUCUUUGACUUGGCCCUGAUCUCCCUCUUACUUCCCCAUCACAAACAACCAUCAUUAUCUCCCUUCUAGCCUGUCG